AACAAAAUUCCUUGUAGGCUCAAGAAGAAAAGUAAACAAAAUAACAAACCUACAAUACAAAAUUUCUUCAAUUUAUUAUUUUUAUUUAUUGAUUUUUUUAUAAGUACUUUUUACAAUAAUAUAUUCGUCAUUAUCAAUCCCACAGCCUUUUUCGCAGGAAGAAAAUUGUGAUUAUUCAGCCAGGAUGAGGUGCAUACUAGUGUUCGACCAGGUCAACGAUAUCGUUUUUUCAAAAAGCGAUGAGAAAUUCGUCGCCCAUGUGGAAAAGUUGGCGAAAUACCAGGCAAUAGACCGCCAGCGGUACAUGAAAGAAGAUGGAGAACUUGACUUGAACUAUAUCAUGCAGCUCUUCGCACCCAUCGUCACAUCACAGAGGUUCAUGAGCUCCCAGUUUGGCAAUUCAUACAUGUCAAUCCAAUGCGAAGAUGGACUCAACAUGGUUUUUGAUGAGUACAUGGGAUAUUUGUUUGUCCACUUUGGGUUUGAGGAGGUACAGUGGCUGAAGCGAAUGCUCGGAAUAUGCAUUUCUAUAAUUCAACAUCUCUGCGGACCUGACGUCUCUAUGCUGAAGGAAAACCAAAGCAGAAGCAUCCUUGUCAUCCGGCUGCUCAACACUUGGGAGAAUUUGGCUAGCCAUAGCCAAGCCACACUGCUUGAGGCCCUCGAACAAAUAACACUUGAUGGUAACAUAAAUGCGCAUACUGUCAACGUGAUAAAAGAAGCAACAGAUAAGAUUAAGUCUUCCCUGGACCAGCCCAAGUCACAUGCUUUGAUUUUCAUAGAAAAUAAAUUUUUCACCCUUUAUUCUAGUCGAAGUGCAAAGGAUCUCAGUGCUCGUGAUAUGCUGUUUCUCAGCCUGUUGGCAAAGUGGCAUCAAACUGAAAUGGCUAAUCGCAAGGCACAUUCAAACGAAGAAGAAUGUGAUAUUACAGAAUGUGGUGUUAAUAACCCACAAAGCCAGAAACUUCCAGAAAUUAACAAUGGUAAAUAUGAUGAUAUCCUGCUUCUAAGUGGAAACAACUUCCCGGCAAUAAGCCCUUACAUUGUUAAUGUUUCUCUUAUAACAGAGGAGGUCUCACUAAUUCUACUCUAUGAGUCUCAAUAUUGCCAAUUAAGCCAACACAUAUAUGAGGUGUUUGAAGCCAUAAAUGUCAUCAACUCAGUAUCGACCUGCUCAACCGAGCUAGCAAGCAUGAAGAGGGGCAUGGAGCAACUAGAUCCCGCAGUGAAAAAAGUUUUUGACAGCAUAAAAAAACUCAAGCAGACUGACGUUUCGCCUAAUCUCGAGGGUUGUGUAAAAGUCAUGCAUGUGAAGUUGGAUCUCUUAAAGCGACAAUGGACUGAAAAUAGCGCGACAGGCAACCUGGCGAGUAUUAGCUCCUGUACUCACAGCUUUGUCUACUGCCUGCGUGACCUUCUCCGAUUCACUGUUUACAAUAAGUACAUCAUCUGGCCAAAGUGUCAAGUCACUCAUUUAAUUGCUCACCGUGUCACCACAUCGCUUACAGACUUCAAAACUUUUCUGAAAGUCAAAGGGCUAGAGAACUUCACUAUGGCAUCGACAACGACACUGAGUAUCAACAAAUACAUUGAGGACUUCCCGGGGCUUGUCCACUUCCUCUUCAUCGAUAGGAUUAACCAUCGGAUCAUCACUCCCAACUUGGAAUUACGUUUACACGGAAUCGUCCCACUCACCAAACAAAAGAUUUGGUCGAUGAUUGAAUUCAGCAGAAUACACUUACAAGAAGGACAUCUGGCUCUUAUGUGGAGAGAUACAACUUUCAACUAUUCGUAUUACCUUUGGUUUGAGGAUGCCUCGGGUUCGCAACUGAAGCCGAAAGUCAGUACAGCGCAAGCUGUCAAAGGUUUGCCACUCCCUGGUGUAUUUAGUGGUGAUUUUUACAAGCGUCUCUUUGAGACCUGCUUUCCGAAGACGUCGCUCAGCAAAAUCCGUUGUUACGAACUCUACUGCAUUCAUUUAGGCCUUGCGACGUCCUCUUGCAUACUUGAGCAGUCGCGCCGACUUGCCGCGACAGUCUGGGAGGUGACGGGGUUGCCGCAUAAUCCACUUGACCUCCUUUGAAGCCAAACGACCGUAUGCCAAAUUAACGUGUGAUUCUUAGUGUUUAUGUUGUGAAAUUUUUGAACCAUUCCAAUUUAUGUCUUUCAAGGAGUAUAAAAGAAGAAAAUAGUAUUAAAAGUUAAAUUAUUAU